GGCCGGUAGGAAGGUAUGUAGGUAAGCAAGUCAACUGUUAGACACAGACAAUUCUGUGUGUAUGUACGUAUCUGCAGGGCCCGAAUAGAUUGGACUGGGCUGGGUUGGGUCAGGGAAGGUAUCGUAUCGUUCUACAUCAGAUGGCGAGGCAGCGGGCAGGAGAGAUCGGACAGGACAGGACAGGACAGUGGACAAAGCCAAAGCGGAGAAAGAAAAAGGGAGGGUGGAGGGGAUGGAGGGAUGGUUGGAGGGAUCAUCGGACCAGGGCGAACAGGACUGUGGCUAUGGCUUUACGUUCGAGGUCUGUCUGGCUGUCUGUGUGUCUCGGGCUGAUUCCCGGCACUGGCAACGGGAGAGCGAAGGGCGGCGGAGGGCGGGCGAUCCUCACAGGCUCGCUCGCACGCCAGACACGCACAUCCUGGUCGAAUGACGACGAAACCACAAGCCCACAACUCCACAAGUCCAGUGUCCACACCUCUCCCCCCAAGCGGCACGCCAGUUACGCCAGUUACGCCACAGCGCAUAGCCACAGCGCUCAUCGGACAAGUUACAACCCCCGGCAGUUACUUACACAUCUUAUGAUUGCUCGGGGGCUUGCUUGCUUUGCUAUUCCUAGAUCCCCGUCCGCAGCGAGACUGAGACAUUCUCGAGUACUCUAGCACGGCAGCCCCCGACUCCCCGAGUUUCGGAAGUACUCACAAUGCACAUAGUAGAUAGUACCGGUACGAGGAUGCGCGGGCACAUUUAAACUG